AUAUAGAGCAGAGUAAUUCUUAUCGACGAUUUAUCCGGAAAAUAUUAAUAUAGAUAGAUUGGUAACGCAACACAAAUUUAUUACUCUUUUCAAAUAUUUAUAGCCAUUAGGUAAAUAUGCGGGAAAACGUAAUUAGGAACAAUUAAGCCAAAAAUUGUUGCUUAACAAAAUCAAAAGCAUUUGAAUGAAUACAUUCAACAAAUUCGCAACGUACUAAAAUAUCAAAUUUUAAAUUUUGAUCGACAUCGAUUAACAUGAAUCUAUAAUCUUUAAAAAGUUAAAGUCCAAAAUCACGACCUAAUUUACUUUAUGGCUUUUCUGCGAGAUUUUUUGAAAAAAAGACUAUUUAGUUGAACUAUUAGCCCACAUUAUUCUCUGCAAGUGAUACAAUUUCAUAGCUAUAGACUUCAAAAAUUUCCGGAUAGAUUUCUGCAUUUAAUCAUAAGGUCUUUACUGCAAUAGCCCUUGACAAGGCGUGAAAGCUUUUACAAUCGUAGAAAGGCAUUAUAAAAUGAGAAAGCAAGGGUAUAUACGGGUAAAUAAAACCGAGUAAUAUCUUUUAAAUAUCUCCUAUGGUAGACAUUGGAAUGUAUUGUAAUAGGCCUUAACGGCUUAGAGAUUACCUAAGCGUCAAUAAAUAAAUAAAAAUAGUAAAUAAAUAUUUUGUUAGAAGCGUUUGUUCGGCUAAGUCCACGACCUUCAAUAAACAGCAACGUCCAAUACCUAAUUUGCCUAUAUUUUACUUGGGAAAUUGUAUCUAAAAUAUUGAAAAAACUAUUUCAAACUUGGCAACUCUACUUUUAGUUUGACAUUUUAUAAUUUUAACACAGACAAAAUAAUACAAGAAUUAGCACAUUUGCAGAAAAAAUUCUAGUAAAUUACCAAGAACUUUAAAAAUUUUUAAUUUUUUUUUUGAUAAACUCGAUUGCUUGAAAUUUUUACUUGAUUGCGGAUAAUUAUUAUAUAAGUCAGCAAUAUGCCUAUGCCCAGCAGUGCAUUUGGUCAACAAGGACCCUCAUGCUUUGAUAAAAUAAAGACUGGAUUUACUAUUGGUUUCUGUGUUGGGAUGGCCAGUGGCGCUUUGUUUGGAGGAUUUUCUGCAUUGAGGUAUGGUUUGAGAGGACGAGAAUUAAUCAACAAUGUGGGCAAGGUUAUGUUGCAAGGUGGAGGAACUUUUGGCACUUUUAUGGCCAUAGGAACGGGCAUACGUUGUUAAAUUUCGCUUUCUAGCGUGAGACUAUCUUUAAUUUUUUUUCUUUUCGCAUAUUAGAUUUACUUAUAAACUUCCAUAAAAUAAUAAACAAAAAAAAAAAAAAAAA